AUCGACUGUCAAUCCGAGAUACCAGUGAAACUGUCAACAAGCUUGUCCUUACACGGAAAGUAAACUUGCUUGUAGGUAUUGUGCGAGACGUACCAUACAAUCCGAAAGACUACUUACUGAAGGCAGGAUCUCGAUGGCUGAGGUGAAAGGUAGUCGUAUCAAUACAAAGAAACGGGUAAGAUAAAUCAUCUAUGGAAUUUUAUACACAAUACUAAAGGAAAAUAGGCGAAGAACAAGACAUCGAGAGAGAGUCAGCAAGAUAUACCAGAGUACUCCGAUCCAUUGAUUCCAAAAUCUUCUCAUGAGCUUGAGGGGCAAAGGCCCAAUCGCGAUUAUGAUUCAUUGAUCGACAAAGGAACAAAUGGUGCGGGAAAAGUCGAGCCGAAAAAACUCGAAUACACCUUGAAGGAGACGGACGACGAAAGAGAACAGGGCUUUAGUGAUUGGGGUAUGCAAGUUUGUGAGUUAGAUCUCACCGCAAUAAACGCAACUUGAUCACACUAAUUGUGGUGCAGCACAGGAUGAGUUAAAGACCAGAUUUCGAGACGCCGUGAAGAGAAGUACUUUGAGAAAAAUUGAGAGCUUGGUCAUCAAGAACGAACAGUUGAACUGUGAGGUACGAAGACUUAGAGGGACAAUGAAUGAUGUGCAGGUACUUUUAGAGAAAGUUGAGAGUGGCGGAUUGGAUGUCAGGGACAAAGAUACUUGGCUUGAGGCUUGUAGAAACCUACUGAAAAGUAGCAGUGCGCAGCCAUUCAAGUAGUGCGAUCUA